AUGGAGUAUUGUCCUAGCAUACACGGCUUCGCACCGACCUCGACGAGCGGCCGCGCGCUAGCGUCGCGACUCAGGCGACUGCGGUCAAAUGGAGACGCACAUCCCCUUUGUAAUAUGAACGAUCGCAAAGAUAUCGAUGAUUGUGGUCGCGGCGUGAAUACUGCACUUGCGCGGCGUAUGGUGCGGGAGGCGUGGUCCCAGAGGGGGCCCGCUUCCCCACCAGCACCCGCAACUCGGCCAUCAGCGUUUGCACCAUGCGGAACACGACUUAUCACCACUCCGCCACGUAAAGUAAUGUUUACGUUGUGCUAUCAAACGAUCGGUCUGCCAAGAGCCAUUGGCUCGGCCGCUGUUCCGUCACCUCGCGUCAUUGAAGUGAUGAGCGUCUUCGCCUAG